UUCCAAACCACCUUAUCAUCAUCACCUUACAAUACGAAGAUAUUGUCUGUGUGUAUAUAUAUAAGUAUACAGAUUAUUUAAGAGAGGUAACAUUCAUUGUAUAGAUUCUCCAUAUUAAAUUCUUGCACUCGAAAAAUGGAGUUUGUGAAAAAAGCCUUCAUUAUUACCUUACUAGUGAUCAUUUCAUCAUCAUCAUCAGCGGUAACAUCAGCUAAUAAUAAUGAUGAGAAAAUUGGAGGAAUAUUUGUAUGGCCAACAAGGGUUCAAAUCUUUAAUAACUUGAACGAUGAGGUCCAACUUACGGUUCAUUGCAGGUCUGGUGAUGAUGAUUUAGGUGCUCAUGUUUUGGCUAGUAAUCAAGAAUAUGAGUUCAAAUUUAGAAUCAAUUUUACAGGUACAACUUUGUAUAGCUGUAGUCUUACAUGGAUUGGUGGAACUGGAUCCUAUCAGUUGUUUAAAGCAAGCAGGGAUUCUGACAGAUGUGCCUCCAAGUGUGUUUGGAGGGCUCAUAAUGAUGGAAUUUAUGGCUUCAAAGAGGGUAGAAAUCAGACCAAAGCUGAUAUUAUUUACAAAUGGACUUAACUCUAAUUAUUAGCAACCCAAUAUACAUAUAUUAUAGUUAUGUGUUCGACAAAUAAGCUGAUCAUGUAUUACGGAAGACAUUGUAAAUGUAUAUAUACAUAUAAUAUCGUUGCCUUCUUCUUC